AUGUUUAUGAAUUUCAUUAAAGAAGCCAUUUGUGAUAAUAACGAUGAAGUGUAUAAAUACCUUCUCGGCUGGAUUGCAUCAAUGAUUCAACAUCCUGGAAUCAAGAAUGAAACAGCAAUUAUUUUGAAAGGACUUCAGGGAACAGGUAAAAACAGAUUCACAGACAUUAUUUCUGAACUUCUCGCUGGUUAUUCAUGUAAAAACAUUACUGAAAUAAGUGAGCUAACGGGUAAUUUCAACUCAGUAGUUGAAAAUAAAAUGUUUCUUGUACUUAAUGAACUCAAGAAUGUAGGUGAAGACAGACUUGCAAACUUCAACGCUUUGAAAUCAAUUAUUACGGAUAAUGAGAUUAGAAUUAAUGAAAAGAAUCAACCCAGAAGAACAGCACAGAAGGUUGCAAACUUCAUUUUCGUAACUAACAACGUCUACCCUGUCAAAAUUGAAGUUGGAGACAGAAGAUAUGUAGUUUUAAGAGUUAAUAGUAAAUUCAGGGGUCAAUUUGAUUACUUCAAGAAUUUAAUGGAUUCAUGCACAAAGGAAUUUUAUGAUAAUUUACUGACGUAUUUUAUGCAAUAUGACCUUUCAUCAUUUAAUGUACGAAUCAUUCCGAUGACUGAAGCCAAACAAGAUUUAAUUGAAUUAUCAACAAAUCCUUUAGAUGUAUGGAUAAAUACACAUUAUGAUGAAUUGUGUGCAGGUAUGACGUGUGAAAAUGCUCUAUUCUGCAAACCAUCAGACAUGAAAGACAAGAAUUUCCAAAUGAGCAUUAAGGAUAAAUGUGAUAGGAAACAGAGAAGAAUAGAUGGUAAACAAACAUGGUGUUAUGUUUUGAAAGAAGAAAUGAAAGGAUUAUAUAAACAGGUUGAACCAAACGAUAAUGAGGAUUCAUUUACUGACGAUGAAAUACCUGUAAAUGAUGCUUUAUAA